AACAGGUGAAAUCUGCAGUGCCGGGGGCCUGAGAUGUUGAGCAUGAAUGUACAGUAUGUGAAUGCUUUAUUAGAAACUAUUGUGUCAGGAAUCUGAGCAGCACGGAUAUCAUGGAAAGAAUUCAAUAUGCCUUGGGUGUGUCGGAUUUGAAUAGCAUCGGCAAACUUCAGUCCCUUCUCACACAUCCAACACAAGACACAUCAUGUGCGGGUUUGAUGCGCACAGGUGCGCUGGAGUUUGGGCUGGAUAAACUAACCUGAAACAAAAAACAAACUCUUAAUGCGGUUUAUUUUCCGAAAUAUUGUUUCGUGUCACAUCGAUAUCAUUUCGUUGAAGCUUCAUUCUUGCAAAAAAUAUGUCUGAAGGCGCUGUUUCCUCGGCUUCUGUUUACUUUUGCCUGUGUAACAUCAUCGCCAACAGUGUGUUUGGUGCUGAUGCAGAUGAAGUGAAGUCAGUGUCAGUGAUGGAGGGAGAUUCUGUCACUCUUCACACUGAUCUUACUGAACUACAGACAGAUGAUCUGAUACAGUGGAAGUUUGUUCCUCAUGCGGUUCUUAUAGCUGAAAUCAAUAAACAUGCCAACUUAAGCUCCAUAUAUGAUGAUGAUGAUGUGUCAUUCAAAGGCAGACUACAACUGGAUGAUCAGACUGGAUCUCUCACCAUCACAGACAUUAAAAUCACGAAUUCUGGACUGUAUAAGCUACUGAUCAACCGCAGGAGAACUUACAGCAAGAGAUUCAAUGUUACCGUCUAUGCUCGUCUGCCUGUUCCUGUCAUCAUCAGAGACUCUUCUCAAUGUUCUUCAGUGUCAAAAUGUGUGUUGUUGUGUUCAGUGAUGAAUGUGACACAUGUGAGUCUCUCCUGGUACAAAGGAAAGAGUUUAUUGUCCAGCAUCUGUGUGUCUGAUCUCAACAUCAGACUCUCUCUACCUCUGGAGGUGGAAUAUCAGGAUACAAACACAUACAGAUGUGUCAUCAACAAUCCCAUCACAAACCACACACAACAUCUCCACGUCUCUGAUCUCUGUAAAGAUGACAGCCAACAAUCAGAUGUCGAUUAUACAAAGCCUAUUGGCGUUGUUACUUUUAUUCUUUGCGUUGUGGGACUAAUGUUUUUUGUCAUGAUAUGCUUGAGGCAAGGAACUCAUGAGGAUGCCAUUGGAGAUCAAGAUGUGGCCAAUGACACGCUUACAGAAGAAGUUGACAUUUUACAUCUUCAGCAGAACCUGGAGAGAAUUGCCCGGACAACAGACGAGAAGAGACACAUCUGAUAGCUCAUACAUCAUAAUCAUCAUCACAGGACUCCAUGCCGUUUGAUAUCAAUUGCUGCAAACACUGACCUUCUUUCAUAAACAGUAUUAUUUAUAUUACAUAUCAUUAACUGUUCCUUAUUUUAUAAUAUUGUGUUCAAAUUAAUGGGGUUUAUUGUUUCUGUUGUCUAAAUGUCAUAUUUAUACGUCAGCUAUGUGUUUUAUCAUCUAACCAUAUCAAAACGUUUUUACCGUUUUUAGGUAAUCCCAAAACACAUUUUGACAUUCGUUCUUAUUAUGUAACAAGAUCUGCGAAAGUGGUCUGUGUGGGUUCGACUAGUAGGUGCAUGUUCGAUAGGGAAAGUGUUAAAAGUGCACCUGCUGCGAUGACACAAAUGCAAAUUCAGCUGAAGUUACUAAUAAGACAACAGAAGUCUUCAAUUGGAGUCAAUAUAUUUGGGAUAUUUGGAAAGAAUAAAAUCACAAAAAUCUUCCUAAAUUCAACUGCCCUGAUAGCGCAUUACAUCUAGACAUCUGCAAUGCGUCUCGGAGACGUCUGCUGUCAGAUGUCGUAUAGACAUCUAUUAGACGUCUGUAAGAUGUUUAUGAUUUAGAACGGAUGUAAAACUGCUCUUUCUAAGAUGUUUUAACACAGCAGAUCUCCAGAUCUUUACCAGACGUCUUACAGACGUACCAGUGCUAGCUGGUACCUGUCGUGCUUCUAUGCAAAUAUGUUUGAAAUUGCAUUCACGACCCUGCUGAAAAACAAAACUCACAGAAAUGCAAAUAAAUGUAAUUAAAUCCUUCUGGAAUAAGAGGAAAGAUACACUAUAAAUUAAUUUUGUGAUGAUUUAAUGGUAAACAACAAAUAGUUUUGUAAUGGACGUUGGUUUGUAUUUUUUGUUGCUGUUUUUUCCAGCGCUGAAUACGCAAAACUACACCAUGAGAGUCUAUGAGAAACACUCAUUCACAUUUUUGUUCGUUUCCCUUCCUAGAUUUGUUCCAAAAUGUGAAAUUUCCCAUAUUUACCACCAGAUUCGAAAAGGUCAAAGAAGCAAAGCUCGAGUUUGGAUGAAGGACUAUUUAGAUUUAACAUACUGGAAAGUGAUUAGUUGCGGUUUUAAAACAAUACAACUUUUAAACCCCAGAGGGCGCUGUUGAGUCAAAUACAGGUUUCGACGUCUUGAGGGUAAUUAAAUGACAGAAUUCAACCUUUUUAUUUUAAACUAUCACUCAUGCACAGACAUGCACAGAAGCAAGCGUUGAACCACAUCCAUCAUUUCUGUUCAAUGAAACGCCCUUGCUUUUACCUUCAGUUGGACUCUUUGUUCAAUGUUAUUUCCUUGUCAAUUUUAUAUUUGAGCAGAUUAAAACUGAUUCAUCCCUGAUAUGCUUCUGAACUCUUGAAGAACAUGAAUCUCUCACUUCUCGUGCUCUGCCUGUGUCUCUUCAAUGGUGUGUUUGGUUUGGAGACUGAACAUUAUAGAGACAAUGCAGACCCUGUAGAUACUGCAGCGAUUGAACAUUCGGGAGAUCCUCUAGAGCUGAGAUAUUCGGAAGACAAUCCAGAGACGAGAUAUUCGGAAGACAAUCCAGAGACGAGAUAUUCGGGAGAAAAUCCAGAGACGAGAUAUUCGGGAGAAAAUCCAGAGAUAGAACAUCCAAGAGCUAAACCAACGGAUGACCCUAAAAAUGAAAUUGAAAAGACAUAUUCUUUUUUAGGUUAUGAUCAAAAUUAUGAUGAUGAUGUAGAUAAUAGACAGGUAAAAGUGAUGGAGGGAGAUAAUAUUACUCUAGAUUUUCCUUCUAUAAUAACGAGAGAUCAUAAUAUAAUAUGGACUUUUGUGUCUCAUCAUUCUUAUCCUAGUAUUGUAAUAAAGGCUAGUGAUGUUUAUUAUGAUAAUGUCGAACGAUUUGGAGACAGACUGCACGUGGACCCUCGGACUGGAUCUCUCACUAUCAGAAACAUCACAAGUACAGACUCUGGACUUUAUUAUCAACAUGCUUUUAAGUCAAGCCCAGAAAAAAAGCCGAUGAGGAUAUUCAAUGUCACUGUUUUUGAACGCUUGUCCAUGCCUAGAGUAACAGGCUCCACAAACUGUUCUUCAUCAUCAGAAAGAUCUUCAGUGUCAAAAUGUGUGUUGUUGUGUUCAGUGAUGAAUGUGACACAUGUGAGUCUCUCCUGGUACAAAGGAAAGAGUUUAUUGUCCAGCAUCAGUGUGUCUGAUCUCAACAUCAGACUCUCUCUACUUCUGGAGGUGGAAUAUCAGGAUACAAACACAUACAGAUGUGUCUUCAACAAUCUCAUCAUUAACCACACACAACAUCUCAACAUCACUCAACACUGUCAGCAAUGUCCAUCACCUCAGCAACUUUACCCUCUUUUAGGAGUGUUGGCGUUGCUUCUCAUCAUAUUUGGGAUAUGCUUUUAUUGUUGUUACGCAAGACGUACGAAGACUGCUCCUGAUCAUUUGGUGAACUCAAGUAUAACAGAAAUGGACUCGAUACGUUAGUUCAUUGUGCAAUACCUUUAACUCUCUGUUUUGUGGGACACGUGAUCCAUGAGACAUUCCUGAUCUUCUUGUUCUUCUACAUGAAACCGCUGAUCCAUUUUAACAGCAGUAUCAUAACAACAUGACUAACUGCCAGCAACGCCAAGUGUCCUUAUUUGACCUUGUAACCUGCUUUUAUUGUUAAAGAUCAGUGUUUGGUAUCAGUAUUUGGGUCAACCAUGUUGAAAUUUUAUUUUCAUUUCCAAAGCUUAAAAAAUUGAAUGUUGGCACUUUUCGUAGCAACUUUUUUUGACUGUAAAUAACAUCAAAUGCCAGAUAUUAUAUUACAUAUUACAUGAAUACAGAGAUACACAAGUGAAAAAAUAGCUUUAUGUAUGUGACAUUUAUUUCAUAUUUGAAAGCAUUCAAUUCAACUGUUGUAAAUGAGUAAGGAGAGGAUGUUUUAUAUGAGCAAGGUUAGUCCUGUCUGUGUGUGGGACAGCAGUUACAUAUUUUGUAUUACAGGUGGAGUUGCAGGUGUAUUUUCCCGGGUUGUGGUUGGUUACUUGCUGAAAUGUUGACAUAUUUGCUGCAUUGUUAAUAAAUUAAUGACAUACA